AUGAACCGCCACUAUGCCUACUACUACGACCCUAGGGGGGCAACGCUGCGAGCUCCCUUCUGCUACCCGGAUGAGGUGCCGCUGCGUGCGCAGGAGCACCAUAGCGACGUGUCGGGCGCGGAGUGGCCAAAGCCAAGCGAUCUGCCUCUUCCUUCCGUGUUUCCGAUGCCGCCGCACGUGCUGCCGCAGCUAUCGCUGCCAGCGGUGUCUGCACCAACAGCUGAGGCUGCAGCCCGAGGCAUGGUGGCGGCGCCGCACGCAUGGGCAAUACCACCACCGGUUCUGUAUCCCCCGCCACCUCCGCCGCCGUGGUGGUUUUACGGGACACACCCACUUCCUCUCCCUGCGUCCUCGUCCGGCUCUUCUGCGAGCAGCACUGGAAGCAGCAGACAUGCGUCAUCGUCGUCACCUGUGUCGGCAAGAUCAACCACGCGGCCUUCACGGCAUCCGUCAGCAAAUGCUGCGCGUCCGCAUGCAGAGGCAGCAGCUCCGUCGCGGCACGGUGUGGCGGUCCCCGCAGGUUCUGUGGAGACACCAGUCGCAGCCGCAUCGCGGGGUGACGCAGGUGGUGGUCACGCCGCAAAAAAACCCUCCGUUGCCUCGUCGGGCUCUCGCUACGCUGCGGGCCACACUGUCGGCACCGGUAGAGCGGCACGGCGGUCGAUGGGGUCGUUGUCUGCAUCGUCGGCCACAACCUCCCCUUGGAGCGCUACAACUACGACAGCGCACUCUGAUCUGCCGCAAAGAGUAGAGCGUCGCGUUUAUGCGUCGAGCGGCAGCGGGAGCAGUGAGAUGCAACGAAGUGCGACGGGACAGACCGUGCAAGUUGCGCCUCGGCGCACGAACGUGGCGCAGUGUGUUCCACCCGACCAGCUUCAAGUAUAUGGCGACGAUGUCGUGCAAGAGAGAGGCUACAGCAGCGUGAUGACUCGCAUGAAGCACGCUGUGAGUGCUGCCGAAGCGUAUUUGGAGAAAAUGGAGCACCUUUACCGCCGGUUGCGGAGCCGCUACGAGGAGGUGGUCAUGUCACCAGGAAAGGUGACGAGGUACGGAGCCGACAUCACCGCAGACGAGGGGGUCGAGGAGAAGCGGCACCGACGCACUGCGCCCGCGGCAACGACUAGGGCGACGAGAGGUCCGCCGGAGAAGGGGCUGCUGCAUCCGCCGGAGCGACCGUUUUCACGGCAGACUCACCUGCAACCAACCGCACCCUUGCCACACGCCGAGCGACCUGUGUCCCCUGCCUUAUCAGCUGCCCAACCGUCGGCCGUCGAGCCGUCGCCGCCGCUGUCGUCGUCAUCGUCCGCGACCUCCGCUACGUCACUGAGGCGUGAACUCCACCUCCUAGAGUCGCAGUGGCAGCGACUGGAGGAGCUAAAGCGGCACGGAGGCGGUGGCACGACGACGGCCGUCUCAAUGCCCGCUGCGCUGUCGCCAUCAACGGCAACGUCGACAGCAGGCGAAGAUCCUUUCACAAAUCGCCGUUUCUUGCAGCUUAUAAAGGAUCGCAAGCACCUCUUGACGUCGGCAACGUAG